AUGGAUACCGUUGAGGCAGUGGAUUACAGUGCGCUCCUGGCGUUAGAUCAUGAGGAAGCACUGCGCUGUGUUCUGGCGUCGUACACCGGCGUUGGCCUGCAGGCGACGGAGCUUGGACGGGCCCGGAAGAUCGUGCAGCGGGCGCUGUACCACAAGCGUGCUGGCGACGCUGUAUUCCUGGCCUACACCUCGAACCUCAUCUCGAGUGGUCUGCGCGACACUUUUGCGCAGCUGGCGCGGGAGCGCCUCAUAGACGGUGCCAUUUCGACUGCCGGCGGGAUUGAGGAGGACAUCAUCAAGUGCCUUGGAGAUACGUUUCUGGGGCAGUUUAACAUGGAUGGGCGCGCACUCCGCAAGAGUGGCGUCAACCGCACUGGCAAUCUUCUUGUGCCAAACGACAAUUACUGCCACUUCGAGGACUUCUUCAUGCCCGUGCUGAAGCGGCUGCAUGAGCUGCAGCGUAACUCCUGCUGGGAGACAAUGACGGCUCCGUCUGAGAUGAUUGAAGCGAUGGGCGAGGCUCUUGAGCGCGAGCACCCGGAUGUGUGCACCGACAGCUUCAUUUACUGGUGCUACCGAAACAAGAUUCCCGUUUUUUCACCCGCCAUCACGGAUGGCUCAAUUGGUGACAUGGUUUACUUUUACAACUUCUCGAGGAAGGGACUCGUGGUGGACCCCGUUGUUGACGUGGCGCGACUGCAGGAGUUGGGUCGCCGUCACCGCCACGGCGGUGACAGUCAUGACGGUAAUGCCAGCUCUAACAAUGUUGGUCGCAUCACCUGUAUUGUGUUGGGGGGCGGGCUACCAAAGCACCACCUGCUGCAGCACAUCCGCGCGGAUGCGGUGGUGUACGUGACAACCGGCCUUGAGGUGGACGCGUCCCCGAGCUCCUGCAACGUGGCGGAGGACAGGGCUAACGGCGUUUUGCCGGAAAACUGCGAAGUGGUGCGUGUGCACGGUGACGCAUCGUUUGUGUUCCCGCUUCUUCUGUGCAGAGCAGAGACGCCCACGGACACUCAGCAAGACGCCGCGGUGUGA